AUCUCAACCCCUACUGCAAGUGCCAGAGCCAGUUCGACCCUGCUGCAGCCUGCACUGCACCUCAUGCCCUCUGUUUAUCCCUCCUCCCCUCCCAUGUCUACCCCCUUUCCCUGUCUACCCGCGUUCCCCUCCUCUUUGCAGUGGCUGCACUGGCUGCUCUAACGACUGCAACGGCCGUGGCACUUGUGCUUUAGACUCGGAUUUCAACCCCUACUGCAAGUGCCAGAACCAGUUCGACCCUGCCAAAGCCUGCACUGUGUGCAAGCAGGGGUACACGAUCGAGUCCAAGUGCGUUGCCUGCGCCCCCUGGUUCUUCUCAGGGCAGAAGGGGCGCUGCACCGUGUGUGGCACCGUGGACAAGGUGGGUGGUAGUGUGGAUAAGGUGGGUGGCAGGGACUAUAAAGCAUGGCAGAAGGGGCGCUGCAGCGUGUGUGGCAGCGUGGACAAGGUACGUGGCUGUGACUGUAAAGCAUGUGAGAGGGAGGGCCCAGAACCUCAUCCCAUCCCCCCCCUCCUUAACCCUCCCCUUUUCCCUUCCCCGUCCACUGCCUCUCUUCCUUCGCACGAGCAGAUCCAAGAUCUUACAGGCGAGCUCUCGAACCUCAACAACGCCACACAAGCUGCUUCCUCCAAGCGGUGCCAGCAGAUGUGCCAAAGAGCCCAGUCCCAGACGAAGCUGUACAAGAACUACUGCAAUCUGUGGGCCUUUGUGGAGAACAGGUGA